UUUUGAAUUCCAAGAGUAGUUAAAUUAAAUUAAAAGUCAAUAAUAUGGAACAAAGUGCGAUGCAUGAUAUGUCAGCCACAGAAAAUGUGCAUGAAAUUGGGCUUCUGGAAAUAAAUCCAGACGAGAUUGUUAAAGAAUUAGAAAAAACUAUGACUUCAAAGCCUGUUUACAAUGACACCAAGAGCCUAUUUGAUGUUACGCUCAAUUUAGGCGACGAAAGUCCUAGUAGUGAUUCAAUAAGCGCUGAGCUACAUGAGAAUCUCGACGAUUUGGUUGUGGAACGGCAAAACUGGGAUUACUUUGUACAGAACAUUAAGACCAAACCCACCAAAGACCAAGUUAGCUACAAGCCCAGCGAGCAGCAGGCGGCGUAUCUAGCGCAAGGACCAAAUCUUCAACAGUUUGUAAGCGGCUUUAAAGACUUUAUGUCCACAGCGAUUGAAUUUAAGGACGAGAUGCGGCAGGUGCAGAGUCUUACAGAAGAUCUAAAGGCUCGUUGUUUACACCAUGUGAAUGCAAGACAACGAGAAGUUGUAUACAAACAUAGUGCUGAUAAAAUGCAUAAAUGAUUUAAAUACUAACAUAAUUAUUUUCAAAAUUUCUUAAA